CCAGCCUCGAAGCGGACAGUUACUGUGCCAUCAGGAUCCGACCAUGACGCCGGCUGUGUUUCUCUUCAUCUGUGGUUUGCUCCUCUCUUCUCCCGGCAAUGCCCAGCGCCGCCGUAAGAAGCCGCCGGCCCCGAAGAACCCCAUCGACAGUAUCGGAAUCCAGAGCAACUUUGAUCCCAAUCGGUUUGCUGGGAAAUGGUUCCUGGUUGGAGUGGCCUCGCGCUGCAGCUACUUAAGCCAGAAUCAUUACCGCCUGGAAGCCACAAACGUGAUGGUGACCGUGGCGGAUGCCGAAACUCCGGAGAAACCUUUGCUGUUCAGCAUUUUCCGCCCCUUGGACGGCCACUGCUGGAACAUCAGACAGACCUACUUUCCCACCAAGACAGCCGGCCGGUUCCAAGUGCGAGGCCGUGGCAGGAAUGUGGACGUGGUUGUGGCAGAGACGGAUUACAACAGCUACGCCAUCGUGUACUACCAGAAGGCUGGGAAGAUUUCGGCCAAGCUUUACGGACGAUCCAUCAAGGUUGGCGACGCCGUCACGGCAAAGUUUGAGGAGCGCAUGGCCAGCGUCGGCCUGGAUCUGAACCAGGUGUUUUACUUCCCUGUUUACGGAUUCUGCGACUCUGUUGACGAAUACCACAUCCUUGAUGAAACCAAGUACACGGGGAUACGCUAACAGCCACAGAUCCACACGUGGAAAGAAAGAGAGCAAGCCUGUGCCGGAUCAGGCCCAUGCCGGGACAGGAUGCAUCCCUACACUGGAGCCCCUUCCCCUUUAUAAAGGAAAAAAAAUCACC